GGCGGCCCCCGGCCGGCCCCCCGCAGCCCCACAGAUUUAUUGGGAAGCCUCGAGGACGCUGAGUGCGGGCCCGCGGCCGAGGACGCCACGGGGCCGCGGCAGCGAGAGGGACUGGAGGGCCCGAGCACAAGGAAGAGCCGGGCCGCAGACCAGGGGUCCAGAGGCUGCCGGGGACUUAACUCACCUGGGGAAGUCGACAGGCCUGUGAGAGCCGGCCCAAGCCGGAAAAGGAAACAUCAAGAAGGUAUGGAGACCUCCGCCCUCCAUUAUCACCAGACUAAAAACGGCCCAAAGAUGGGAAGAGAUUCGUUCCUGUCCCAGAAUGUGACUCAUCGAGACAAAGCCUGCUCUUGGGCCAAAACCAGGGCCUCCUUAAACCUCCACAAGAAGAAAGUUGUGACUGAUGUGUCAGAGGUAUGCAGCAGUCACACCAUGGCCACUUCUCUCUCAGCAUCCCUAUCAGAGUGUUCAAACCUUUCUAUCAUGAACAGAACAAAUAGUGCACUUUUCUCUUGGCAUUCCUCUUUUAUGCAUUUGCUAAGCCCCUUAAAGACUGUACAUGUUCCAGACAGAAAGGCGUCUGAUGCUGAAAAGGUGUAUGGGGAAUGCAAUCAGGAAGGUCCUAUCCCCUUUAGCUCUUGCUUUCCCAUAGAAAAACUGGAACACUGUGAGAAGAUUGGGGAAGGGGUGUUUGGUGAGGUGUUUCAGACAAUGGCUGGCCAAACACCUGUAGCACUAAAAAUCAUUGCCAUUGAAGGAUCAAAUUUAGUGAAUGGAUCACAUCAGAAAACCUUUGAGGAAAUCCUGCCAGAAAUUAUCAUUUCCAAAGAGUUAAGCCUCUUGUCUGAUGAGGCAUGCAACCGCACAGAAGGCUUUAUUGGGUUGAACUCAGUGCACUGUGUCCAAGGGUCUUACCCUCCCUUGCUCCUCCAGGCCUGGGAUCACUAUAACUCAACCAAAGGGUCUCAGAAUGAUAGGCCUGACAUUUUUGAGGAAGACCAACUCUUCAUUAUACUGGAAUUUGAGUUUGGUGGCAUGGACUUAGAGCAAAUGAAAAAAAAGUUGUCCUCCCUUGCUACUGCAAAGAGCAUUUUACACCAGAUCACUGCCUCCCUCGCAGUGGCAGAGACAUCACUGAACUUUGAGCACCGGGACUUGCACUGGGGAAAUGUGCUCUUAAAGAAAACCAACCGCAAGGAACUCCACUACACCCUCAAUGGAAAGACCAACGCCAUUCCCACCCAUGGUUUGCAAGUCAACAUCAUUGACUAUACCCUGUCCCGCGUGGAGCGGGAUGGGAUUGUUGUUUUCUGUGACAUUUCCACAGAUGAAGAGCUAUUUACAGGUGAAGGUGACUACCAGUUUGAGAUCUACAGGCUCAUGAGGAGGGAGAACAACAACUGCUGGGAUGAAUAUCACCCUUACAACAAUGUCCUCUGGCUACAUUACCUCACAGACAAGAUUCUGAAUCAAAUGACCUUUAAGUCUAAAUGUAACACCCCUGCCAUGAAGCAAAUGAAGAAGAAGCUCCAACAUUUCCACAAGACAGCGCUGAACUUCAGAUCUGCCACUGACUUACUCUGCCAACACAGUCUGUUUCAGUAAGCCAGUGUAUCUUACUCCUUUAAACAGAGGGGUCCUGGUCUUGAAACCUCUGGUGCGGUUUUUCAGUUUCCAUCCCGAAUCUCAGGGUGGAAACUGAAAUUUUAGUUGAUUUGGUUAAGGUUGUUGUUAACAGAUGUUCUUUAAACUACCUAUGUGAACAAGUAUUUACAACCUGUAAGUCUGCUUCCUAGUUGUCAGCAAAAUCCAUCUGUAAAGUGCAUAUUUUUGUUUUUAAGCCUUGAUCUUUUAUGUAGCCUGAGCAAAGUGCAAACAAUCAGGAAAGCCCAAGCCUCAGCUGUUAGGCUGAGUUGCUGCUUUAGGUAUUAGGCUGCCUUUGGGAACUGGACAAAAGAUAGUCAACUGAAAGCAAAGAGGCUUUAGGAAAGACUAGAGGGAGAGAAAGGGAAGACAAUUUAUAGAGGGAAGUGUGGGAUGUUUUUCAAGUUCUCAUAAAGCAGAAUUUCAAUUUUCAAAAGGGAAAUAAACGUUUUCAUGGCUACUAAUAAUGUUGGAAAUUUUGCUUAUCAAAGUGAGGAAAAGAAAUGUUUUAAGAGGUGAGUAAUCAAUAUUCCUUCUG